AUGUAUAAAAUACAAUGUAAUAAUAACUUGAAAUUCCUAAAUAAUACGAAUAAACGUGAUAAAAAUAACCCAUCAGAAAUUAACAAUAUAAUGGAUAAUUCACAAGUCAAUUUAAUACAUUAUGAGAAUGAUAGAAACUGGAUAUUAUGGCGUAAUUCUACGCUACUUUUAUUGAUUCUUUGUACUGGUAUUUUUAUAUCCAUUGAUAUUUAUACAAUAUCUGAUAGAAAGUAUAGUUUAAAUUGGAAUAAUUAUGGAAUCGAUGAGUCAUCAGUAAUAAUUAAGAGAACAAUUAAAAAUAUUAUUGAAAAAGACAAAGAUAGUAGUACAGUGGAUUUCAUGAAUGAUCAGUCUAUACAUUGGAAUAUUAAUGAUGAUGAUGAUAAUAAAAUGAAUGAAACUUUGAUAAGAUCUCACUAUUCAAAUCCUUAUAGAUUAAAAAACUACAUGAAUAGUAUUACAAAAACAUGUUUAAAUAUGGAAUCUAUUGAUUGGAAUAUGAUGUUAUGGAGAGACAAAGGAAACUUUUAUAAUGAACAACAUAUACGAUUGGUCAAUAUAAAUGCUAAAGGUGCUCAUCUUUUCAGUGAAGAUCUAAAUCAAUUGAAGAAUCAAAUGUCUUAUAAAAAAGAAGUUACUCAACAAUUUGACAAUCUAAGUUUUCUAUUAGCAUAUCCUUCUGGGAUUAGUGUCCACAUUAAUGUAAAAAAUAUCAGAUUACUGCCAGAAUAUGAAGAUGUUGAACAUUUAGCUAGUGAUAAUGGAAUUGUUAUGGAUCCUUCAAGAAAAUCGAAUAUGCAACAUUGGCGUAAACCACUUGAGACAAUCAUUAAAACAGCAUGUCGGUAUCCAUUACCUAAACAAUACUAUUUGGCUAUGCAUCCUUAUUUAGAUCGACAUACAACUGCUAGAAGAUAUAUAUGCCAACCAAAUAAUGUUAAUUCUCGUUUAUGUCCUGCUAAUUAUCCAAGUGGAUAUAUAUUUUAUGAUCGUUCUAUAAAUGGACAAUGUACACAAAAUAAAGCUUCAUAUCUACCUCCUCAACUAAACAGUUUUUAUUGUACAAUCAACUCACCAUUGGUUAAUAAAUUAUUUCAAGAAAACAUUAUAGAAAGUCAAUCAUACUUAAAAGAUAUGCACUGUGAUACACAACGACGUAUUUGUCAAACAUGUUUAAAACAAUCAUGUUUCAAUAGUAAAACUGAAGUGUUUUCAGAGACAAAUUUAAAGAAAGUUCAAAACAAUUUACUUAGUAAUCAUGGUGAAGUCGAAACUAAUCAUGACUUUAAUGAAGAAAUAUUCUAUGGAAAUUUAUUGCGCGUUAAUACUAUUGAACAAAAUAUCAGGCAAGCUAAUGAUCCUGACUGUUGUGGUAUUAAAUGUUAUUCCAAUCCAAGUUGCCUUGAUUAUUUUGGUUCCCGUUGUGAGAUGUUUACAAGUAGACAUUCGAAUGCAACUGAGAUAUGUUUACAAGGUAAAACAUUAAAAUUUACUUUAAAUCCUGAAUUUGAUUUUACUAAUGGGACUUAUAUAUGUCAUGUUCGACAUCGUCCUCCGAAAACUAUAUACACUAUUGAAACUUGGUUAACUCUUGAAAUUCAAACUUUACCAAAAUUAGUAUGGAGUAGUCCUCGUUUAAAAUAUAACAUUCAAUUAAUGAAUAACGGAAAACCUUCAAGACGUAAAUCAAACAAAGUGAAUUAUCAUAUUCAAACUCUUGAGCAACGAUUUCUAAAACAUGGUAUUUUGUUGUUAUGGAGUGAGAAUAUUUAUUUAGAGCAUAUGACAAGUUUACCUAUAUGGGAUGAUGCAAUUGUUCAUAGAUCUGUUGACAAAGAAAUAUCACUGUUUCAACUGAAGUUUUUGAAAGAUUUUGGAACUGAACCUCCUCCACUUCAAAGACAUAAGGAGGAGAAAUACAUAGUUGUGCAGUUCUCUAAACCAUUUCAGUACAGUACUUCUAAUUGGGGCAAUCAAACAUGUCAAAUCAAUAUAAGUCAUAUUCAUCGUGCACAACCAAUCUAUGCAGAAAACACUAAAGUUUCAAUAGAAACUACAUCCAUUCCACAGAGAACUACAUCAAAUGCAUUCCUGUAUACAUUCAAAAAUUCACAAAAAAGAACAACCAUUGAAAUCAAAUCUCAUAUCAAUCAUUCCUUAUUAUACACUGCUGCUUGUUUAAACGGACUAACGUUUACACAAUCCAUACCCAAUGAAUUUAAUGAUAAAAUCAAUAACCCAAGUGAUGGAAAAUAUUCCACUGAACAGAUCGGUCGACUGUAUCCAGAAAUACAAGUAUCUACUCAAAGAUUGGAAACAAACUGUGAUUUGAACUCAACUUGGAGAGUGACUAUCACAGGCUCAACUACUACACAUAAAUCAACAUAUAUUCAUUUGAAAUUAUAUACUGAAUCAUUGAAAUCAUUAUCAAAUUUAAAGAAAACUAAUAGUUUGAUCCCAAUUGAUCCACAACAUAUUUUAUAUGAAAAAGAUUUAAUUCUAUUAAAUGAUCAAUUUGAUUUCAUUACAAACUAUUCUAAUAAAAAGAAAGAAAUAUCAUUUCAAAUUCAAUUGAAUAUUGAAUAUAUUCAAUUUCCAAUUGUAUCUACUCAUUUAUUUCAAUCAGUAUUAUUAAUAAUUCAUAUUAAAGAUUGUUUUACUGAUUAUUUAUUAAGUACAUUACUGAAUGCACAAAACAAUAUUCCAUUGUCAAAAUCCAUAAAUACUUAUCAUAAUAAUACGAUUAUGUUAAAAGAAUCUUUACCAAAUCAUAUAGACUCAUUAAGUGCUGAUAAAAUGCAUUUACCAUUUGUGAUUACAUGUUUAAUUAUUGGUCUUUCUUAUAUUAUACUUUUAACUAUAUAUACCAUUUUAAAAAUAUGUCAAGGAUCUAAUAAAUUCCAUACAGACAAUCUUAUUCAUAAUUCAACAAAUUAUAUGUCAAAUAAUGAAGCACAACAGAAACGUUAUUCAUCAUUUUCAGCUUAUUCUACAACUUUAUUAAAUAAUUAUCAUAGGACAAGUUCACAAUCUCAAUUAGCUCGUUUAACAUGUCCUCAAAAAGUUUGUAUUAUGAUCUAUUUAUGUUUUCGGGUAUUUUAUACUUUUCUGUUCACUAUCAGUGUUGGAUUAUCAUUUAUUUUAAGUAUUGAAACUGAUGCUACUGUGGAGUUUACUUCAGCAGUAUAUAAUAAUCAUUUUAUUACAAUGAAUUCAUUUAACAAUUAUAAUGGAAAUAUUGGUAGUAGAUUAAUUCUGCCAUCAAUGAUGAAUACAAUGACAUUGACAACGGAUAUAGGCAACAGAUGGCGUGGAGCUAAAGUAUGGGUAUUAGAAGCUGCUAGAAUGGAGGAUUUUUCUCAAACUGAAUUAUUAAGACAGACUCAAAAAGGGACAAGCCAAAUUUCAGACUGUGGUAAACAUUAUGAAGAUCAUAGUAAACAAUUGUCUAGAUAUAUGAUGUAUAUUGGUAAGAAACUAAUCAGCUGGUUUAGCCAAACAAGUACCAACAAUGAAGUUUUUAAUCAUAAUGAUAUAAACGAAAAUUCAAUGAAUUAUCAUUCCGACAACAAAAUUUUAUAUGAAGAUUCUAUCAGUCAAAUUGAACAUGAAAUGUACAAUAUUAAUAGUAAUAAUAAAUCUACACUCCAAUGGACAUCGAAUGGUGUAAAUAUUCAAAUACCUACUAUAGAACAAGAAACAUGGAAUCAUUUGGAACGUACCAGUUGGUUACCUUAUUUAGAUACAGUUGAUGAUUAUCUAAGAAAGACAAGAGAUGAUCUGGAUACGAAAGUUAUUGACUACUGGGCACCAUAUGAUCAACUUUUAGCUAAUCUUCUUACAAAUCCAUGGCUUGCACCAGCAUAUAGGGCAUUAAAUACAUCAUGGUUACAAGAGAGGCGUAUAUCAUUCAUGGAUCGAACGUAUUUUGGUUUAGUAUCAAGUGAUUUUUAUUCGGAAGAUGAAAACCAAUCGUCAAACGAUUUAACCGCUUUAAAUGGUGCCAGAGAAACACAAUCUUUAAUGCUAGCAAAUUUUAUUGGUGUUCCACAACCUGCACAUGCUCGUUUGGCUGGUACAAGAAUUUGGAAUAGUUUUCGUAAUCUAGUUCCAGGUUUGCCGAGCAAAUUCUAUUAUAAAUUAGAACCAAGUUCAUUAUCGUCAUCCUAUUCAUCAUCAGUUCUAAAUAAAGAUGUUGAAUUUCGAAGAAAGCCAAAAUUGUAUCAUGAUCAUCGACAAAUGUUAUCCAGUGAACAUUGGUACCAUAUUCCAAGUGGACAGUUGGAUUUAGAUGAAAAAUUGAAUGUUGACUCAUUUACUGAUUUAAAUGCACAAUUCUAUCCGUUUGCAACAACUGUUACGAAACGAAAUGGAAAUCCUUCAACAAUUGAUUCAAAUUCUUAUUUUUUAACAUUGACACAAGUUCGAUUAUUGUUAUUGUUAUUAGAUGCCAUUAUUAUAUUGUCUAGAUGUUUUCAAACAUUUGAAUUUAUGCAUAAUAUUUGGUUUGGUGAUAUAAAAUUAAUUAAUGCCAAUCAUUUAAUUCAUGAUCUAAAUGAUAAUUCACAAAUAAUGAUUGAUUCAUUUGAUCAUUCUAUGCAUCAUCAUUCACAACAAACACAACAAAUACAUAGUACUUAUAAUUCGAAUUAUCAUUAUCAACCUCAACUUCAAAUAAGAUCACCUAGACAUAUACAAUUAUCUAUAGGAUCUACACCAUUCUUACACCCUGCAUCAUGCUCAUCAAAUUUACAUGAAUCAAAUCAUCAUUCAAUCUCUAAUGAGUUCCACAGAUCAAUAGGCACAAAUCACAAUGAAGCAGUGAUUGCCAACCAACCUAUUCGUGUAAGUGAAUAUGAAAGAAAAUCUUCUACAGGGAUUAAAAUAACUCAAAACAAUCCACAAACACUGAAUUUUGAUAAUGGAACUGGACGUUUUACAGCUUGCUACUGUUGUCUUGAUGCUCAUUAUUUGCUAGUGAUAACUGGUAUUGGCUUAUUAUUUAUUGGACUAGUUUUAAUUUGGGCUACUGAUAGACAUGUUCGACCAGGAUGGCUUUUAGCAAAGACCGGUGUAUUAGCUCGAUCACGUGCACUUGAAGACUGUAGACAAAGAACAAAUGCCAUCUUGAAAACCAUUCAACCGAAUCAUAUAAAUAUGGAUUUGAUAAGAUCUGCUAAAAUUAACGCAGCUAAAGAAGCUUAUUGGAUCAAUCAAUUGACUAAUAGACUAGAGCAUGUACAAACACAGAUACAAUUACAGUUUAUCACAGAAUUAUGUUUACUGCAAAAAGGAUUGGUAAAUCAUUAUUAUGUCUUAGAUCAACAUGCUGUGAGAAUCCAUGUACCAGAGAUAACGGAUACAAAUUCAACAUUUUCAGCUUGUGAACUAAUUGGUCCUAAUUUUCAGUUUACUGAACAAGCAUUAUUGAUUUUGUCUAACUGGAAGUUGGAUCCGCUAACAAAUAAACAAAUUAAACAUACACUAAAAACUCCAGUAUGUCAGUUCUCCCCAGUUGUUCCUGCUACUUAUGCUGAAAGUCAUCUAUCACGUUUAUUAAGAAUGACUAGUUUAAACGAACAAUCACAUCAAAUGAGCACUAAAAAAACUAAUGAACAAAUUACCUCAAAUAAUAAUCAAACAGAAUCAAACAGUCAAGUUGAUGGAAAUCAAUUAGAUUUCAACUAUGAACAACUUACUACAUCAAUUGGAAGUUUGUCAACUUUAAUUAAUGCUAUUUAUCGUUUAUUAUUAACUAGUUUAACAGUAAUGAUGGCUAUGGGUGGAUUAUUAGUCUGUUUGCAUAUGAUUUCAAUAUUGGGACGUAUAAUAAUACGAAUUCCAGUACGUAAGAUUUAUUACACCACCAUCUACCCUCCUUGUAUAUCUGUGAACAAUCCAUCUUGUUCACCUACUGUUUGCCAAUCACGCAGUCAACAUUCAUGAUGUAUAAAACUAUGUAUUAUAAUAUACAAACUUCAUUAUCUGUACUAAAGAAAUACUCGAAAUGUUAAGCAAAACACGGAAGCAACUCUAUUUUGAAAAAAAGUAUCAAUUCACAGCUUUUGACGUGAGUGAUACCGUAAUCCACACACUUCCACUAUUCACACAACAGAAUUGAACUAAAACAAAAAAAAUUCGUUUGUUUUGCUCAAUAUUAUAUUUAUCCUUGAACAAUGAUGAAACUAAGUAAAUAUAAUGACCGGAACCAAACGUGAAAAACCCCAAACCAAUAAGGUGGACUACGUAUAUAUAUAUAUAUAUAUAUAUAUAUAUAUAGUUGAAUUUUUCGAUCAAAUUUAUUUCGCUCUCUGAUAAACGCAUUUUUUUCUUAUUUUUUCAUUCGACUUCUUAUGUCAUUUGGGAUAUUUUUUAAUACGGAAAGACUAUACCCAUACACAUGGGAAAAAGAAAAACGUGUAUGUGUUGGUGAUUAGAUAAAUGUGUUUAGGAUGGAAUUAGGAUAAAGAGAAGAUUAGUAGGAAAAAAACUUUGCUCAUAGAAAGAAUGAGAAGAAGAAAAAGACUGUCAAUGUUUAAUGCUCUAAUAUUGUGGAUACAACUUUCAUGAUAAUAUAGAUCUCUUUCACUGGAAUUUCCAUAUAUAUAUAUAUAUAUAUCCUUUGUAUAUGUUAUUUAAUACUGCUGUCGUGUAACAUUGAGAAAAUCGAUUGUAACUGUAAUUUCCUUUUUAAGAAUGUUUCAAUUUAUUCGGUAAGUUGACUUAAUGGUAAAAAUAAUUUGUUUUUAAAAAGGAAUGACAUUUAAGAUGUUUAUUGCUUUGUAAUUUUCUAAUUGAUAUCUUAAUCUUAUCUUCGUCCUAUACAAUGUGGUAAUCCUAAUGAUUAAUUUCUGCUUUUUUUUUUCUUUCAUUGAAUAAACUUGCAUUCCGUUAAUGUAACAUUGAAUAUAUACUUUAUAGAUAUAUAUUUGUAAAUAUGAACACUUCUUAAACUUUGUUUCUAGGUUGCCUACAGUUCAACAUAAAAACCAAUGUAAAUAAUUUCUUUUUUUUUCUAUGUUGUGAAUAGUAUGUGGUUUAUUAUUUUCCAUAGAAAUUAUUAAAUCAAUACUAGUUCUAAAUGUAAUCUUAUGAAUUUGAUAAUCUAUUCUAUAAAUGUUGUGUUUUACUUUUGUAUCCUUGAAUUAGGGGUAGGGUGGGGGAUAGGAGGGGAUUUCGUGAGUUAUGAACUUUCUAGUUUAGAUUUAUAUAAGCAGAUAUAUUUGAAAAUAUUCUUGUCAUCAAUUUAUCAGUAUACUUUAGUAGUAUGAUCAUAUAAAAUAUGCAUAGGGUUCAACUAUGUCGAGUGUUAGGAAAGAACUUACUGAAGACAGAGGAUAAUGGUCGCGCGAUGUUAUAGACUAAUAUAAUUUAGACGACCACACUAUUGGAUCUCACAUCAAUGGACCAGAGUUCAAGCGCUCGUAUGCGAAACUGAAAGGAUAGGAUUCGAUCCUUGCUAACGAGAUUGUGGAUACUCAGUUCUGAGGAGUCCCAUGCUAGGAAGAAAUGUUUAUUUACUGCUUUUAGAUUUUCAAUAGUUGACUAAAUUAAAUCGGUUUAUAAUCUCAAUAAAGUUCGAUAUUUUCACAAUCACCUACUGAUAUUCCAACAGAAACUAGGCGAUAAUCGUGCAUCAAAAACAACUGUCGUCCGACUGUGCCUUGAGGAACAUUGUGCAGCCAUGUAGUGUAAGAUUAUAUACCAUAUCAGUCAGGUGAGUAUCAGUAGGAGCUUUAGGUUGAUUUCGUACCUCAAUUUGAAAAUAUGGACCACUAGAUUUCAAUUAGGUAGUCUAGAAGCAUCAUAUGAAUGGCAAGCCCUGAAAGUGUUAUAUUUGGAUUACGUUUCUAGUCGUAGGUACUGAAUAAUGAAGAGUCACAAACUAAAAUAAAACUUUUCAUCACUCCUUGAUUCCAAUUUUUAUUCUAUUGAUGACUGCCCAUGAUGAAAAACGUUGACCUCAAGUUGAAUAAUCUCUAAGAAUGAUAAAUGACUG